GUACCUGAAGUAUAUUUAAAAAUCAGUUUGCAGCUACUGAAAGGGGAGAGAACCAUAUAAAUUGUUUAUUACAAACAAAAAGAGCUAAGGUAACAGGCUUUGAGAAAUGAAGUUAAAAGGAUUAAAUGUAGCUCCUGAGUAGAAGUUCAACGUGGUUUCACUAAAAUGACUUCGCAGCGGCCCCUCCCUGCAGAUGACUUCAGCAUCUACUACGUCCUCGCAGAGUGCACGGAUCCCCCAGACGCCCCUGCGCUGGCCGAGCUGCGUGCGAGCCCGCCGCGCCGCCAGGGGGUGACGGGCCUGCGCAACCUGGGCAACACGUGCUACAUGAACGCCAUCUUGCAGUGUCUGUGCAGCGUUUCGCCGCUGGUGGAGUACUUCGUCUCCGGGAAGUACAUCACGGCUCUUCAAAGGGAUUGCCGUGAGGUGGCCACUGCUUUCGCCUAUGUGAUGACAGACAUGUGGCUUGGAGACUCAGAAUGUGUCUCCCCAGAAGUAUUUCGGUCAGCUCUUGGCAGCCUCUACCCAGCGUUUAUGAAAAAGACACAACAGGAUGCUCAGGAAUUCUUGAUUUAUGUCCUGAAUGAACUUCAUGAAGCUCUGAAAAAAUACCAUCGAAAAAGAUCACACGAAAAAGGAUCUGUUCUCAGAUGCUGCAGGAAGGUGAUUGCCAGUGAGUCCUCCAUCAUCACACAGCUGUUUGAAGGGCAGCUCAACUACAGCAUCAUGUGUUUGAAGUGUGAGAACUGUACUUACAAGAAUGAAGUCUUCACCGUCCUCUCUCUCCCCAUUCCAUCCGAAUAUGAGUGCUCUCUUCAGGACUGUCUCCAGUGUUUUUUUCAACAAGACACACUGACCUGGAAUAACCAAAUUCACUGUUCUUUCUGUGAAACCAAGCAAGAAACAGCUGUAAGGGCCAGUAUUUCCAAAGCACCAAAAAUAAUUAUCUUUCAUUUAAAAAGAUUUGACAUUCUGGGUACAAUGAAAAGGAAACUGAGAACAGAUAUUCACUACCCACUCACCAACUUAGACCUUACUCCUUAUAUUUGUCCAGUUUUUCGGAAACACCCUAAAUACAACCUCUGUGCAGUGGUGAUUUUAUUUUAUAGCCCAGGCCUGGACUGAGCGCCGGCGUCGCGGAGCUACGGGAUCGGUUGGAAAUGGCAGAGGUGGAGGAGACACUGAAGCGACUUCAGAGCCAGAAGGGAGUACAGGGCAUCAUCGUGGUGAACACAGAAGGCAUUCCCAUCAAGAGCACCAUGGACAAUCCCACUACCACACAGUAUGCUAACCUCAUGCACAACUUCAUCUUGAAGGCCCGGAGCACCGUGCGUGAAAUUGACCCCCAGAAUGACCUCACCUUCCUUCGAAUUCGCUCCAAGAAAAAUGAAAUUAUGGUUGCACCAGAUAAAGACUAUUUCCUGAUUGUGA